GAGCAGCAGCACUCAUGCCUGCAGGAGCUGUUGGGAGAGAUGGAAGAUGCAGAGUUUGAUGAUAUUUUAGAUGACUGGUUUAUCGAGUCACUGAAAACGUACAAAGACCUUCAUGUGUAUCAGCUUGAACAUCCCACCCAGGUCCUCGAGUGGACGUCAGGGAAGAGCGUUUGUGUCGCAGGCUAUAGUCAGUCCAAAAAUGAAAUUUUGGAACUUCGCUUGCCGCUAAAACUUCUUGCUGAUGAAAAUAAGAGUCUCUGCGCAGAACGGGAUUUUAAAGUUUCCCAUGGUGGUUUCACAGAUGGUCCAGUUCGCUGCCUCACACACAUCCCUGGAACAAGGUGUGCUGUGACCAACGAUGGACUGAGCUCCGACCUGCAGGUGUGGGACCUUGGAGGAGAAGAGAGCGGUGUGAUCAGGAGAACAGGAAGUAUUAAAGGGAAAAGGAGUGCUUCAGAGAGAGGCAGCAGGAUCGCAGCUCGACCCUCGUCAGCACCACAAGUUCUUCACGGAGCUCAGAUCAGCGACGUCCAGUUGACUGAACUCACAUCAGGAGAGACUCUCUAUAAACUGGAGACCGGCUCAGCAGAUCCUCUGAGUUCCUUACAGUUCGUGAGUGACACGGUUUUCCUCGCCGGCUGCUGUAACGGGAGUGUUUACGUUGCCGAUACUCGGACGUCUGCUCCUCCUCAGUUUUCACAUUCACCAUAUUCAGACGAGUCUGUCAUCUGGUGGACGGAUGGUGCUGCAGGUCCACAUCCGUCCAGCUGCAGGGUCAUCAGAGUCUCCUCGUCUGGACAGGCGGUGGUUUCAGACUUGAGAAAUCUGGGAGGGGCGGGGUGUCAGGCUCAGCUAGACAUCAAAACACCAGGCCGCUGCAGCCAGGUCGAUGUCAAAGUGUCGUGGGCUCCAACACUGGAUGACUGUAUCUCAGUGUCAGGUUUCAGUGGCGUUGUUCAGAUCUACAACACCCGUCUCUGGGGGGCGGAGCCGCAGGAGGCUCGACCGCUGUUUGAGCAUCGCGGUCACGCAGUUUCAUCACAGCAGACUGAUGACAGUGUCCCCACCUUCGUCACCUCCCACAUCUGGCAUCCCGAGCGGCCGCGGACGCUUCUGUCUGCAGCCUCGGAUGGCUCCGUCCACGUCUGGGACUGGGUGGACCCGGAUCGACAGGGUGGGAGCCCAACACCAUGAACAAAGUGAAGAUCCAG